AUGGCAGAUGCGAAUAAGAGACACCAAGAAUUCCUCCAAAGAUUUGAUCAGCUUGAGAAGAACCUGGCCAACCACACAAGCAAUGAACCAAUUGAACCAAGGUGGCCUGUCCACUGGAGGGUAUCCCGUUCCCCUAAUGCGCUCUUCACAGGCAGAGACGAUAUCCUAGAGGAGUUGGAAGCAUGUGUACAGAGUGCUCUCAAUGGACCUCAUCCCUCCCAACAAUCCCGUAGCCUGAUCUUUGGUAUCGGUGGUCAGGGAAAGAGUGAAAUCUGCUUGCAACUUGUACAACACGUCCACAAUUUAUUCUGGGGCAUCUUCUGGGUCGAUGUUAGCACCACAUCUGCUGCUGAAUCGGCCUUUCUGGAUAUCGGCAAACGAUUGAAUAGUUCAGGGUCAACUUGGCAGGAUGGUCGUGAAGCCCUCGCUAAUGCUUCAAAGCCUUGGAUCCUGAUUUUGGACAAUGCUGAUGACCCAGAUAUUGACUAUCAGGACUACUUCCCGUCGAGCCCACGAGGUGCUGUGCUAAUGACCUCCCGCAAUAAAGAAAACCAGCACUAUGUGACCGACAAAACCAUCGCUCUAGAAGGCUUACCUGUCAAUGAAGCACAAGAGCUGCUCCUGAAGGCAGCUGAUAUCAAGGAGCAUCAAAGGGCUGCCGUGCAAGAGGACUCACUCAAAGUGGCUGAACUCCUGCAGUCACACCCCUUGGCCCUUACGCUUGCUGGGGCAUAUAUUCGAGCUGGCCACUGCACUCUGGCUCGAUAUCCUGCUGAAUUUGUGCGACAACGAAAGCGGCUGCUUCAGUACAAGGCACGGCAAGCCAAGUCACGUUAUGCAGAUGUCUACGCAACUUUUGAGGCGUCCAUAGAAACACUUCAGAAAGCUGAAACAGAAUCUGCCAGAGACGCUCUCGAAUUAUUGCCCGUUCUGGCUGUUUGCGCCCCAAAUGUUCUCCCUAUGCAAUUAUUCGAGAUGGCGUGGAGAGGUGCCCAAUCUGACAAUGCCGACAAUGCCGACAAGGAGGAGCCCUUGUCUCUUGGCCAAUGGCAUGUUGAUCAGCUGAUGCCGAUGAUCCAGGUUGAUUCCGACCAGUGGGAUCCAUUUCGCUUGAUGGAGGCUGUACGCAUCCUCGAAACAUUCGCGCUUUUGUCGACAAAUAUGGACACGGAUUCUGGACGGUCCAGUGUAUCAAUGCAUCCUCUUGUCCAUGCCUGGGCUCGAGAUCGCCAGGAAAAACAUAGUCAACAUGAUUCAUGGAUAAAGAUGGGCUGUAUCGUGGCUUUCUCUAGCGAGGAAAAGGAAGCUUGGACACGACAUGAAAGGCUACGAGCACACGUCGAAGCGUUGACAUCUUGGGACAUGCACUGUAUGUUUGCUUCUGACCCACCAAUGCACGUCACAUGCAUCCUUCAUCAAUGCGGGUGGCAAUUGAGGCGCAUGAGAAGUGACGCACAUCUCUCUGUUCUUUUGAAGAGGUUAUUGGCACAUCUGGGGUUGAACGAUUCGACAAUAGAUCAGCCAUGGUUGGGACUGUACUCCCUCCAGGCUGAGAACUGUGAUGACCGUGGUGAUUUUCGAGAGGCAAUUACCUUAUGCGAGGAAGUACUGAAAGUCCAGAGUCUAAAUCUACCAGACGGGCACCCUCAUCGAUUGAGCACGCAGCAUCGAUUGGCCAGUACCAACCUAGAUAAUGGACAGUUUCGAGAAGCAAUAUCGCUGUUGGAGCAUAUAGUGUCAAUAAGAGAGCGAACACUGAGGGAGGACCACCCACAUCUAUUAGAAUCACAACAUGAAUUAGCUAGUGCUUAUCUAGCUCAAGGACAAGUUGAAGAAGCAAUAUCGCUAUUGGAGCAUAUAGUGUCAAUACAAGAGCGAACACUAGUCGAGGAACACUCAGAUCGAUUGGUAUCACAGCAUGAAUUAGCUAGUGCUUAUGUAGCUCAUGGACAAGUCGAAGAAACAAUAUCGCUGUUGGAGCAUAUAGGGUCAAUAAACCAGCGAACACUAGUCGAGGAACACCCACAUCGAUUGGCAUCACAGCAUGAAUUAGCCAGGGUUUAUCUAGCUCACGGACAAGUCGAAGAAGCAAUAUCGCUGUUGGAGCAUAUAGUGUCAAUAGGAGGGCGAACACUAAGCGAGGACCACCCAAAUCGAUUAUCAUCACAGCAUGAACUGGCUCGUGCUUAUUAUCAAAAUGGACGGACGCAAGAAGCAUUGUCUCUCGAGAGGAAGGUGGUCCAAAUUCAAGCCCAAACACUGUCGAAGGAUCACCCUGAUCGACUGAAAUCAGAGCAUAAUAUCGCUACUCAUUUGUGGAGAUCAGGGCAUACUCACGAAGGGCGUCAAUUGAUGGAGCAUGUUGUUAUGGUAAGGCAAAGUGUGCUGAAUGAAAACCAUCCAGACUUGGUGAAUUCCCAAGAUUGGCUCAAACUAAUGAGAGAUGAGAUGCAAUGGUCGGAAGGUGAGGAAGAGAAGGAAAUUGAUGGCGAGCAAGAGACAACUUAG